AUGUCUACAUUUCAUCUCUUCCCUCUGUUGCCAGCAGAAAUCCGGUCGGCGAUAUACAAUCUGGCCACACCGCCUAGGGUCGUUUUUGUCCAUCAACAAGUCGAAAGCUUUGAAGACUUCAAAGCGAGGUUACCGCACAUCACAAUCGCUGAGCGUAAUCUGCGCCCGGAUGUCGAUUAUGCUUCAUUCUAUGAUCUCCUUCGCCAGGCAUCGGCCACUCUUAUUCAUCAAAGGCGUAAACUGUUCAAGCAGACCAAGCUCGAGGCAUAUGGAUUCACCAGCAACAAGAAGGCGGGCUUCUCUUGGGAGUUCGAGUCCAUGAUGCCGCUUGAUACUCUCAUGAAUUACCCCACAUUGGCUUUCCCUAUGUAUCGAAAGGUUGCCAUCUCCUGCCAAGCUGCUAUUCCACCGCUUCUCCAUACUUGCUCCGAGUCGCGUUCCUUGCUCAUCAGCUACGGAUACCAGCUUGCGUUUCCUUCUACUGCCCAAGAUCCACGGGUGUGGUUUAAUUUUGGCCAAGAUAUACUGCUAUUGGAUGACGACUUUGACUGCAGUGAUGACGAUCUGCCUCGAGAUGUCGAUCGACUCCAACGAUUAGCAUUGACCAAUCAUACCCACUUCAGUCGUAUGUUUCUUGGCCACAAGCUCUGCCCAAAGCUAAAAGAACUUAUACUUGUUGAGUGGGAUGGUGACGAAUCCGAACAAGCUCUACGCCAGUCAGUUGUUGAUCCAACCCUGCUUCGCCCUGUUCCAAACAUCCAACAAGCUUAUCAUAAAGGAGAGCAACUGUGCAUACUACCGGUCGAAGAAGUUGAUGCAUUAUGGACCACACUGGAGUUGGGUGUAUUUGGAGUCGUGGAGGAUUGGCAUCCUGCUAUUAGAGAAAAUGCAUGGGAUCUCAAACAGCAUAAGCGUGAUAAUGGAUUCCAUAUCCCGUUUAUUAAAGAAAAAUUACGUCAAAUGAAAGAAGAAUAUGUGCAGCGGAGACAAAGCAUCGAAUAUUAUAACAAGGAAUUCUACAAGCCUUACCAGAAGUUCCCGGCUAAAGAGGAGGAGUAUCCGCCAUGGAGUAUACAUCAGUUGAGUUUUGCGCAUAUUUGCACACCCCACACUGCGAAGAGGAUAAUGGCAACCCGCUUGACUUUCAUGGAGCAGUUUACUAAGCUCAGGGCGGAGGCACUGCAUGCAAAUGAUGAGUUUGAGCUCCCAUGGAUCAAGCAGCAUCGGUUACCGCCUCCUUUUGUCCUGCAGAAAUGUAGUAAUUGGCCCGCUGUCAAUGAAUCACUACACAGUACAGAGCUGGAAUGGUGGAUAAAGAACGGACUACCCAUAUUUGACAAUUCUUUGCCAGUCUAG